CCCCUUAAUCACUUCCCUUCGCCCUCUCGCAGCGAAACCCUGUCAUGUGCCCUCCCAUCGCUUUGAAUUGCUCGAAUCUGCGCUUACAUACAUGACGCUUGCAAACGACGUGGCAUCUCUGUGCCGCAUGCAAACAACGUGAGAGCGAGGAGCCGCGGAUGGCAGGUAUGAGGAUUGGCAAGAAGAUGACGGCGCAUUGAACAGCAUAUCACAAUUGUAUCCUGGCUAGACUUGUGCGCAAUCGAAUUGCGGGGUAGGAGCAGAUCUGAAUGAUGUAUAGGACGGAAGACUUCUACAACCAGGAAUAUGGUAAUAUUGAACUUUAGUCGGAGAUUACAUUACACUUGCAAUGCUCUUGAUUGAACUAUCAACAGAACAUCGUACUCAGAUUUGGUAACCUCCCGAUGAGCUUCACCGGGGCUUGUUAUCAGAGUUAAUGCACCAGCUGCCUCGAGAUAAGAAAUUUCUCCGGUGUCACCGAUCAAUCACAACAAGAAGGAUGACACGGGAUCGACUGCAGAAAUCUCUUUCGUAAGAGCAAAGUGUCACGAAUAUCCGAGAUAAGUAGCAAAAAUCAGCACUUUCACCUUUGAAGAGGAACACCUGAAGCACAACUGCGGUUGUCCGAACCAACCAACGAGUACAAGCUUCCAUUCACUUGUAACACGUUCUGGAAGACCACGUCUUUCACCAUCGACAACAAGUCCAGUUUGGAACGAUACUUAUCAGAUAACGUCGUCCUGGGCAAGCAUGCGAUAGACAGAAGAACGAGGAAAGGCGAUCCUGGAUACUAGUUUUUUCUGUUUUAUACUUUCUUCUCGUGUUUUUUUCGGCUUUUAUCUCACCAUCUUCUAUUUCAUGCAGUUGGUCACCGAAGCCGGGCGAAUCCUUUGUUGUUUUUUAUUUUAUUUUAGUUUUGGUACUAAUAUUGAGUAGAUAUUGUAAGCCCUGUGUGCGUGUGUGUGUAGUGCUGAAUACAGUAAGGUACACCAUUGUUUGUUAGUAGGUUCAUUAUUGGGUCACCUCGGAUUUUCUUGAACUAGUCUCUUGCAUUCAUUGGUGAAUUUUGAAUUUUGAGGUGGAAAUCGUGGUGUUGGAGCCUCGCCAUCUUUGCUUUCGGACGACCCCAGAAUCAGUCAAAUUGGAGUUAGAACGAAACUUUUUGGCAACAAUUGAAGUGGUAAAUUGGCCCUUCGCACCUUGGAUUACCCACCCAACUUAUGAGAGAAGCAAUGAUGAACUAUGAAAUAUUGGAUUGCUACAAAUACUGGUGUUGUUAAACUUCAGCAACAAGCGAAGGAUUGUUCCAGCAGUUGGUGUCGUAGUCUAAGGGUUUCAAGCAAUCCUUACAGCUUCGCCCCCUGCGUCCCAUUGUACACUUCCCUUCGCCCUCUCGCAGCAAAACCCUCGCUGCAGUGUGCUGUCUUCUCGCUUCGAAUUGCUCGAAUCUGCGCUUAAAUACAUGACGCCGUGACAUCUAUGUGCCGCAUGCAAAUGACGUGAGAGCGAGGAGCCGUGGAUGGCUUGUGUGCCAUCGGAUUAUGAGAUAGGAGUGCUUCAAAGGACGGAAGAGUUCUUCAAGUUGGAGUAUGGUUUUGUGGCAAUCAAAGAAAAUUUCAAAAAUCUAUGGUUGCAUGAGUUAGCAAAAGAGUAUAUUCUAAAAUCCAUUGCUAGAUUUAUUUUGAGGAUUUGUACUUGUUAUGGAAUUUUGUAACAAGUUUGUGGAAGAUAUUGGAGUUGUACUCAAAGCAAGAGAAGUUGAUAUUAGAGAUGUGCUUAUUCAAUGCUAUGAUUACAAUCAAGAAAUGGAGGUGUUAUUGAAGACAAAAGUUCUAUUGAAUAAAAAACAAUGUGCAAAUAUUUGCCAACAACUUGGUCGUGUUUUUAAAGUAUUUGAAGUCUUGAGAGCCUCUUCCAAUGGAAGAAGUGAAUAUAAAAUUCUAUUUUUUGAAUUUCAGUAUAUAACAUUGAGGAUAUAUAAGUUGGUAAAAGCUUGUGCACAAGAACAAUGGUGUGAAGCAAGUAUCCUUCAAAUGGAGAACAAAGAAAUGUUUAGAGAGUUGUUAUGGGACUUAAAGACUUGUUAUGAUAUGGGAAUUGAUCUAUUAUCAAAGAAGUAUCCGAAAAAGAUGGAGGACAUUCCAAUUGUAUUGUUUGAUGUUUCAACUUGUGAAGAAGUUAAACAUGAUGGUGAAGAACUUUUCAAAAGAUUGGAUCAUAAAAGUAAAGAUGUUCAAUUUAAAGAUUGUGAAUUGGUAAACUAUCUAUCAACAAGGUUGACGAACUUGUGGCGUGUAGAUGGUGGAGAGGUGGAUUUUUUGGAAGUAUCAAGUGAUAUCAAAAGUUUAGAGCUUGGGAGAAUUAUAAAUAAAGGUGCUUUUGGAAAAGUUUAUGAAUCAAAGUGGUUUGGACUUGCAACUGCAACAAAAAUAAUGGAUGCUGAUUUGAAUACUAUGUUCAUGAAAGAAGUGAGUAUCUUGGCUAUCACAAGCCAUCCAAACUUGAUCAAAUAUUAUUAUGCAGCCAAAAGUAAUGCAAAUGAGAAUAGAGAGUCUUCAAAGAUGAAUAACUCAAAAGAAAAAGUAUACUUGGUGAUGGAAUUGAUGCAAACAAGUUUGAGCAACAUAUUGGAGGCAAAAAGAGCAAUGCCAUACUACUUUCUUAUUGAUAUUAUUUAUCAAAUUGCAAGAGGAAUGUGUUAUUUACAUGACAUGCAAAUCGCACAUCAAGAUUUAAAGCCGGAGAACAUACUACUUAAUAUUAUUGAUGAUGAUAAAUCUAGUCAUGGUUUUCAUUAUGCUGUUGUGAAGUUGAUUGAUUUUGGUUGUUCAAAGAUCAAUGUGGGUAGGAAUCCAAAAGUUAAAGAAAAUAAAUACAUAUAUGGGACUUUAAUGUACACAGCUCCAGAGAUAUUGAAAAGUACAAUGGAAUCAAUAGAGAUGUGUGCUUUUGAAGCAGAUGUGUAUUCUUUUGCAAUGACAUGUUCUAAGAUUCUUUCAGGUGAAGUUCCAUUUGAUGGUAUCAACAAUAAAAAAGAAUUAUUGAAAAAGAUUGAGAAAGGUGAAAGACCAAAGUUGCCUUCAAAUUGUGAUGAUUUGAGUAAAUUGAUUGAAGAAUGUUGGACUUUGAAUCCUUCUAGAAGACCUAGUUUUGGGGACAUUUGCAAGAGACUUGAAAUAUUGAAAAAAAAAUACUUGGUGGGAAUUGAUGUAGCCAAAACACCUCACUUUGGAAUAUUUAAGAAAGAAGAUCAUGAAAGUAGUAAAUCAAAAGAUGUUAAUAUUGGUGAUACAUUGGUACAUGAUUGUAAAGAUAAUAUAAUAGGUUUAGAAAAACGUUUGUCAAACAUCAAAAAAUUAUGCAAGAGUGGAAUAAAUGCAUUGUGUUUUAUUGGUAUGGGUGGAAUUGGAAAGACCACACUAGUAAAGAUUACAUUUGAUACCAUGCAACACAUGUACAAUGUAUCAUGCUUUAUUGAAGGUAUUCAAAAGAAGGAUAGUGGUCUUUCAAUAAUUUGCAAAGUUUUGAACCAACUAAACUUUGAAAAAAAACCAAGGAGUUUAGAAGAAGCACAAGCUAUGAUGAAAGAAGUAUUGAUGAGCAAAAAGUUCAUGUUGGUCUUGGAUGAUGUGAAGGACAAGAGUCAAAUCAAUGAUGUAGUUCCUACAAAUAUUCUAUAUUCUAACAAAGGUAGCAUAUUAAUUGUGACAACUCGAAAUUGGGAGGUGGUAAAAAGCUAUCCUACAAAGAUUCAUAAAUUUGAUAUUGGAGAACUUGACAAAGAUACAAGUUUGAAGUUAUUUACAGCUUAUUCUUGUAGAGAUGGUGAUGAAUUGCCUAAAGAACUUACUGAAGUUAGCAAAGAGAUUGUAAGAUCUUGUAAUGGACUACCCUUGAGUUUAAAAGUUUUGGGAUCAUUUUUAGGAGGACAAAAGAGGUUGAGAUGUUGGGAAAGAGCUUUGCAAAAGUUAAGAAGAGGAAGGCCUUUGGAUGGAGAUGAAAUAGAUAGUAAAUAUAAGCUAUGGACUAUUUUGAAGAUAAGUUUUGAUGCCAUGAAAGUUGAAGAAAAGAAUAUGUUUUUGGACAUAUGUUGCUUCUUUUGUAACAAUGUGAAAUGGGGUUGUACAAUGAAAGAGACAAUAAUACAAAUAUGGACCAAUAGAAAAAGUGGAGAUGAAGAGCAAGAUGCAAGUAUUAUUUUAGACAUGUUGGUUCAUCAAUCAAUGAUAAAAAUAGAAAAAGAUGGUGUGAUAAAAGUGCAUGAUCAAUUACAAGAUAUGGGACGAAAGAUUGUUGAAGAAGAUAAAGAAUACAAAGACACACGAAUUUGGAAUGCAAAUAUGGUGCCGAUGCAUGGAGUAACAACAAAGUUGGAAGGUAUAAUUCUUGAUUAUAAUAUGAAAGAUAACUUGAGAAGGUUUAUUAUGAAAGGAUUACAGUUUUGUUCUUUACGAAUUCUUAUAUGUAAUAUUGAUGCAAAGCAAAGUGAAGAUGUCUUUGAAAUACUUAUGUUAUUGGUAGAAAAUGCAAAGAAGUUAAAAGUUUUGUUACUAAGAAAUAAAAAUUAUCACCAUCUUUUUGGAUUUCAUAGUAGCAAAAUAAAGCUGCCCUUUGCAAUGUGCAAUGAAGAGUUUUGGAAAGUAUUUGAAGAAUUGACAAUAUUGAGUCUAAUAGGAUUUACUUUUGGUGAACCACUACCUAGAACAUUGUUUACAACUGGUACAUUGAUGAGACUUGAUUUAGAUGGAUCUAUUGAAUUCAAUAUUGUACAAGAAGGCUUUAAAAACCUUACAAAUUUAACAAACAUAAGAUUACUUAAUAACAAAACUUUAAAUGUAAUGUCAAAAGAAUGGACAAACAUAACUUCUCUAAAAACACUUGAUAUGAGUGGAUGCUCAAGCUUGACAAGCUUGCCAAAUGAACUAGCAAAUCUUUUUUCUUUGGAAGAACUUUAUUUAAAUGGUUGCUCAAGUUUGAUAAAUUUACCAAAUGAAUUGGUAAAUCUCUCUUAUUUAAGAAAGCUUGAUUUAAGUUAUUGCUCAAGCUUAACAAUCUUGCCAAAUAAAUUGGCUAAUAUUUCUUCUUUACAAAGCCUUUAUUUGAAUAGUUGCUCAAGGUUGAUAAGCUUGCCAAAUGAAUUGACAAAUCUUUAUACUUUAGAAGCACUUCAUUUGAGUGAUUGCUUAAGCUUGACACACUUGCCAAAUGAAUGCACAAACCUUUCUUCUUUGAAAGAACUUGUUUUGAGUGGUUGCUCAAGCUUAAUAAGCUUUCCAAAUGAAUUGGCAAAUCUUUCUUUUUUGACAAGACUUAAUUUGAGUGGUUGCUCAAGCUUGAAAAGCUUGCCAAAUGAAUUGGCAAAUCUUUCUUCUUUGAAAGCAUUUUAUUUGAGUGGCUGCUCAAGCUUGACAAGCCUCAAUCCGAAGUCCCUAAGUUGUGGACGACGAAAGUUCACCGACGAAAUUCGAAAUAUCGUUCGCUGGUCAUGGCAUUCAAGGAACGAUGAACCGUUGACAGUUACGCCCGCCUUCUUCUCGGUUCUGACCGCCGCCCUCUUCCACCAGUUCUCUUGCGUCUGUACCGUGUCCUUGCCGUUUUUAUUCGAGGUUUCAGCUGCCUGCAGUUCACUCCCGUCAUUUGAAUGGAAAGAAAGAGUUCUAAGGAAAGAUAUAAUCAGGCAGAUGAAUUGUCGUGACCUGCGUGACCUACGCGCUCUACUUUUUGGAAACGAAUCAUCGCUACCAAAGAAAAGGUUGUAUGGCUGUUGGGAAUGGGAAACUACUGAUGCUUUGACGUUAGCUGCGCGGAUACAGGUGAGAGUGAGUUCGCAAGGGUUACCUCUGGCCCUUCUGUUCACCGUUUGUGUACCUGGCUGA